CCGCAGCCUACGUUUGUCAAAGCGUAGGAGGCGCUGAAGGAAAUGUCUACUCUGAUCUGACCCCCUGAAGCCAGACGUUCCUAGAGUUCAGAUUUUCCGGUCCACCUGAAAUCACGUUACAAGCAACCUCCUCCCUCUCACUCUCCCCUUUUACUGCAGGAAGUUAAAAGUUGCAACCUUCUGUGCGCUCGGUGGAUUGGGGCAGGAAGCAAGGCAAUCGUUAACCAGCAGCCUGGUAGGACGGACAGUGUGCAGCCCAAACAGAUGACUGGCAGCCAGGGCCCGUUUCCAGCCCGUCGACAUGGCCAGGCGGCGCUCCGGACCCGAAUAUUGGUUCCUCAGCAUUGUGGUUGGUAGCCUGUGCAGAACCCUCUUAGACUCUGCUGCCCUCGCUCAUAAUCACACUUCGAAAGAUGCUGGUGCUGCCCCGGCCACCGUUGCGGCCGCGGGAGAGGUGUACGAGUUCGCGGACGUCCCCUUGGACUGGUGGCAUGCAAGCAAGCACUGUGAGCAACGCUUUGCGCAGCUGCUCAUGGCGCCCGGGGACGGCGGGCUGGCUUCCCUCCGCAAACUGCUGCGCGCCCGCGGAGUGCCCGGCGCGGUCUGGCUAGGCGAGAGGGAGGCGUUCCUGCGUAAACCCAAACAGAGACGAAUUCACACGGCCCCAGUCCUGGUGUUCGGAAAGAAAACGGACACAAAGUACGUGAAGGUGCUGGCCAACUUCCCCGUAUUUAUGGCCUUGUAG